AUGGAUGAGGCUGAGAGUAGUUUCAUGAAUGCUCAGGCGAGAGUUUACCCUCCUCAACCUGAGGUUGAGUUCGGAUUCCCGAAGGUUUGCUACUGUGGUGGUCAGCCCCUCUUAUCUACAAGUUACAAUAGACGGUUCUUCACAUGUGGGAGUAUUGAUGAUGGAGAGAUGCAUAUUCACAAGUGGUGGGAUGAAGCUGUCAUGGAGGAGAUGAGAGAGAUGGGCAGACAAUGUGAAGUGUUGUCUCUGAAGGUAGAUAACUUAGCAUUAUCGAGUGACUACGGAUCACACAUGAGUGAUGAAACAGAGCAGAAAAUAUCACGGAUCGAGAAGGAAGUGUUUGAGCUAGGGAAGAUCCGAAAUAGGUUUAUAAUUGGUUUUGAAUUGAUAGCUUUGGUAGCAAUAGUAGAUUCUAAUCUCAUUCAAGAACCAAUAGAGCCAAAGAAACAGAUAUUUAUCCCAAGAAACCGAGAAGAAGGCCACAAUAAUAUUUGGAAUGAUUAUUUCAGUGAUACUCCAACAUACCCGGAGUAUUUAUUCCGGCGACGGUUUCGCAUGCAUAGGCCAUUGUUCAUGCGUAUUGUGCAACGUCUCUCUACCAAAGUCGAGUAUUUCCGUCAAUCCCAGGAUGCAACCGGUCGGGCUAGUCUGUCACCUAUACAAAAAUGUACUGCAGCAAUUCGCCAAUUGGCAUAUGGUACUUCGUCCGACACAGUUGACGAGUAUGUACGAAUUGGUGGAUCAACAGCUCGGAAAUGUUUGCACGAGUUUACCGCCGCGAUAAUCCAGUUGUUUGGCGAUGAAUACCUAAGACCUUGGAAAGGGAUGUAUUCACGAUCAACCGGAGAACCAACAAUCGUGUUGGAGGCAGUAGCUUCUUACGACCUCUGGAUAUGGUAUGCUUUUUUUGGAGCUCCAGGUACUAUGAACGAUCUUAAUAUUCUAGAUGGUUCAAAUGUUUUUGAUGACAUUCUCAACGGUAAAGCUCCGGAGGUCAACUACUUUGUCAAUGGAAGGGAGUACAAUUUGGCGUACUAUCUCACCGAUGGUAUUUAUCCCAAAUGGGCACUUUUAUACAAUCUAUCCGGCUACCACAAGGUAUGA